GCCUGUCUGUCAGAGAGGGUCUCUCCCAGUCCCUCCACUCCUUUCACCACGGAGGAGCCGAGUAUACACGCAGAACGUUUGUUAAAAGUACUCGCUGUACUUUCCCGGGUUUGUCGCGCAGCUGUGUCUCAGUCGGUUCACGGACGGAGGAAAUGUCCAACUGGAAGCCGUUUGUUUUCGGCGGGCUCGCGUCUGUGACGGCGGAAUGCGGGACCUUUCCAAUCGACCUAGCCAAGACCCGUCUUCAGGUCCAAGGCCAGGUGGGCGACAGUAAAUACCGUGAGAUCCGCUACAGAGGCAUGCUCCAUGCUAUGCUGAGGAUCGGAAGAGAAGAGGGGCUCCGGGCGCUUUAUUCUGGAAUUGCUCCUGCCAUGCUCCGGCAGGCCUCCUAUGGGACCAUAAAAAUUGGUACAUACCAGAGUUUUAAGAGGCUGUUUGUUGACAGACCAGAAGAUGAGACAUUGCUGAUUAACGUGGCAUGUGGCAUUUUUUCUGGAGUCAUUUCCUCCUCUAUCGCCAACCCCACUGAUGUGCUGAAGAUCCGGAUGCAGGCUCAGGGAAAUGUGAUCCAGGGCAGCAUGAUGGGCAACUUUAUUCACAUUUACCAGGAGGAAGGAACAAGAGGAUUGUGGAAGGUAAAAAAAAAAAAAAAACAACAACUACUACUACAAAAAUAUACAUUUCAAAUGAAACAAAUACCAAAAAUCAGUUAUUCAACCCUCCCUCUCUCUUUGCUUCAGGGUGUUUCUCUCACAGCUCAGAGGGCAGCUAUUGUGGUCGGGGUUGAGCUUCCUGUGUAUGACCUCACUAAGAAACACCUAAUCCUCUCAGGUUACAUGGGGGACACCGUGUACACACACUUCGUGUCAAGCUUUGUAUGUGGUCUCGCAGGGGCUCUGGCCUCGAAUCCAGUGGAUGUGGUCCGAACCCGCAUGAUGAACCAGAGAGGAGGAGCGCUGUACCAGGGCACACUGGACUGUCUGCUGCAGACGUGGCGCUCAGAGGGCUUCAUGGCCCUGUAUAAGGGCUUCUUCCCCAACUGGCUCCGCCUGGGACCGUGGAACAUUAUUUUUUUCCUCACUUACGAACAGCUGAAGAAUAUCAACGUGUGACUGAAAGUGUGACGGAGUGAGAGAAGAGUGUGAGACCUGAGACAAGCUGAGAAGACCAAAAUCAGGACUGGAUGGAAGAUUCUAGAUGGAAGGAACAGGAUGGCAGUACCUGAAUGUAAACCUGAGUUAAAGGACGGUCACAGUUUGUGUGUGGGCUGAAGCCUGAGGCUAAUGCGGAUGGGACAGAGAAGCCACCACAUGGUGAUUUUUACUGCUCCUCAUGUAAGGCAUUGUUUCUGCACGGGGCUGUUGAAUGUCUCACUGAAACAGUGGCGCUGCGUUAGAUAUAUUGAGGAAAAGGCAUUCAGGUUAUUUUAGUCCCGAUCACAUAAAGUGCUCUCCAAAUCAUGUGCCUUAGAUUCCAGCUGUGUAAGCUGCACGUGGACUUGUUGGGCAGCAGUGGACAGGUGGUGUGAUCAUCCCUUUUUAUUUUUUUAUUUGAGAGAUAUUUUUUUAAAAGAUAUUUAAAGAUUGGACAAAUUUUGAAAAAAAUGUGGCUUUUAUAAAAAUAUAUAUUUCUAAAAAGACAGUUUGGUCAGUGGAAAUUGAAAAUAUUUAUAAUACUUUUUGUUUCCCUUGUGUGUUUACAAUGUAAAGAGUCCUGUUCUACUGUAACGAAGAAGUUAUUUAUAGAUGGUUUGAAGACCAGAGUGGUUGCGUUGACAGGACGUAUCACACGUGUGAAGAGAUAAGUGAGUCCAGUAAAUAUAGACUCAGUCACUUUGGAGUUGACAUUACGCUGCCUGAGCUCUCAUGCCAUUGGCACUUAAAACAGUUCUUAUAAAUUAUUACAUGAACUUACGUAUUCAAGGUUCAGACGACCCGGUUAGAAUAAUGCAACAGAAGGUGCAUAAUGACAGAACCAUAGUUCUAAUAAUGUGCUGUAUUUGUACUUUACACACUGCUUAUCUGUGAGCUUUCAUUGGAAACGAAGACUGUUUGCCAGCUCUGUCUGCUGCAGCCAAACUGUGUGCCAGUGUUAUUUUGUUACAUAUCUAUUUAAACAAAGCUGUAAUCUUGUACAUCUGAAAUAAAAGGCAAAAUCUGAA